AUGCGUUGGAAAAGGAGGCGAUCGCCGGCGCAGGGGAGAACGGGAGUGGAUGAGGAUGAGGAGAAGAGCUCAGACUCCUCCUUCAGAGCGCAUUUCUUUAAAGGGUAUGACCCGAACUGUGACUCCUGUACCAGGGGUUUGACCCGAACUGUGACUCUUAUACCAGGGUAUGACCCGAACUGUGACUCUUGUACCAGGGGUAUGACCUCAACUGUGACUCUUGUACCAGGGUAUGACCCGAACUGUGACUCUUGCACCAGGGGUAUGACCUCAACUGUGACUCUUGUACCAGGGUAUGACCCGAACUGUGACUCUUGCACCAGGGGUAUGACCUCAACUGUGACUCUUGUACCUGGGUAUGACCCCAACUGUGACUCUUGUACCUGGGGUAUGACCCGAACCGUGACUCUAGUACCAGGGAAUGAACCAAACUGCGACACCAGGGGGGCAGCACUGAGCUGCACAGAGGCUACUGGCUGCAGCAGUCAGAGGCUGCACAUCAAGCUGCACAAACACACCCACAAACCCAUAAAGAAACGCUCUAACAGCAGCGGCGGCGGCGGCGCGGCCCACUUCAGGUCUCCAUGGCAACAGAGCGUGAACGUGUUCGGCUCGUGGAGCAGGCCGGAGUGUGUCGAGGAGCUGCACCAGCAGGCGCAGCUCAACCUCCAGAGCCUGCUGCAAGACUUUGAGGAGCAGUUGUACGACACCAAGCUGACCGGUCAGACGUUCAGGCAUCCGUCCUCGCAGAGCUCUGACGACACGUCCACCUCGCUCAGCCGAUCGCCCAUCUCCCUCAACAACAAGAGACCUGACUUCAUCUUCCUGCCGGCGUCCAAACAGCUGUACGACGAUGAAACCACCUCCUCAGUGUUCGGACUGAGGUCCGUGACCGACCCGUCUCCCUCCCCGUCCCCGUCGCCCUGCGGCUCAGAUCGUCCCCAGCUGGGUUGGAGCAGUAACAACAGCAGCAGCAGUACGGCCACCUCCGCCACCACCGGACCGCCUGUGGCAGACAAACCACGCUGGCAGCUCGGGAGACGCACACCGGGUCACUUCAUACCGCUCGACAUCACAGGUGAAGUGAGAGGAGGGAAAUUCCACGGCGUCGACCUCCUCCAGCACUCCCCGUCCCCAUCCCCCUCUCCAGGGGAGCCCUUCCCCCACCAGCCCCGCUCCCUGGAGCCCGUCACGGACACCUUCCACCAGAACCUCCCCCUGAGGAAGACACACUCUGACCUCGACACAGCCUUACCUGCAGAGCAGCGUGCCCCGGACCACAUUCACCCAGGAACUAUGGACCACUCGGGGGUGCUGUGUUCAAACACACCCUCCGCUUCCUGGAACGGACCUAAGGGCUCCACUUUUUCUCCCGGAGCGUGGAACGAGCCUUAUAAUUACAGCAUGAACAAAGGACCGGCGGUUCCGCCCAAACAGCACAGCAUCAUCGGUAACGCAGGAGGAGGGCCGCAGGACGGGGUGAUGUUGGUGAGCUCGGGACAGUCUGCAAGCUCACAUUCCAGUUCCUUCACGUCUGUGACAAACCCUUCUGGGAGAGGAGGGAAUACCAUGCCGGGGAUUUCACUGGCAUCGGCGAUGAUGGGGAAGCGGAGCGAGACAGAAGGGGCUGCAGCUGAUGGGGGAGGGGGAGUUGUGGAGGUGGGGAGAGGCCGGGAGAGGUCGGCACGCUCCAUAGCAGCAGCGAACGCCUUCAAGUUCCGGGAGCGUUCCCUUUCUACGCCCACGGAUUCUGGUUCCUUCUGCUUUACAGAAGGCCAACCAGAUGGAAGCAUCUUGCCUACAGGGAACGGGAAUGGUAUGGCAAUAACAGACCACCAACAACCACAUCAUAACUUCCUGGGUUUGGGUGAGAACUAUGCCCUCCUUUACCCAAGAGGGAGCUCCGAAGACAGCGCAAGUACAACAGACACAAUCUCCGUCACAGCUUCAGACUACAGCGCAGAUGGCCGAUUGCGCCUCCGCUCCCGCUCCAUCUCGCUCAAGAAAUCCAAGCGCAAGCCACCACCUCCCGUGAGGAGCGUCUCUCUCAUGAAGAACCUCGGGGAGGCCGAGGGGAGAAUCCACCGUGAACGCAGUCUUUACCGGGAUGGCCGGCCAAAGAGCCUGCACAUCCCCAGGGACCACUUCCCAGACUUCCAGCCAGAUUUUCUCCUCCCCAGCUCGUCCUCCAAACCCAGUGUUGUUGAGCGAGAGUUGGGCCAUGGAGGGACUGAUGGACCUCCGAGCCUGGAGGUCCAGGCACCAGACCGGGAGGGAGAGACAGAACUGAGCUUCCCAACUCAUUGGCAGCUGGGAGAGUGGAAGAAUGACCCUUACAGGUCUCUUUCGGGCUCCAGCACAGCAACAGGUACCACAGUGAUUGAAUGUAUGAAAGUCAGAGGCAGCUCAGAAUCCCUGCUUGAUUCUCCCUCCACCUCCAGAGCCACAUCACCCUCGCAGCUCUCCAUGGAAACUGACAUCAAGGCAUCUUCGCCCUUCAAACCCCCGGGACUUAUGUCCCCGUCAAGUGGCUAUUCGAGCCAGUCGGAGACUCCCACUCCAACUGUUCCACCCAGUCACACAGCAGGUCCGGGGACAACAGGAACAUUGGGGUGCAAGUUGCGUCCGAAGAUCCCAGAAAGGAAGUCCUCACUACCAUCUCCUAAAGACCCAGCUGCGAGGUCUAGGUUGUCCUUUGAGAUGCCUGGGAAUGCACAUCUGGAAUUGUCAUCUAUCAAGCCAAAGCAAAAGGCCAGUAGACGACAUUCUGACACCUCGACGGCGGCAAAACCUGGAAAAAUAAGCCCGAGCUCCUCACAGGCCUUGCCUAUGGUUACCCAGAAUGAGCUAAAGACUAUUCGGCUUCGCGCCGUCUCUCGUGGUGACUUGGAGGACUGCCCUGAUGGGGCGUCUGACACCAUUGAAGAAGAACAGCAUGGCCGAGACUUAGGUGAGGACCCUAGCCCACCACCCACCCUACCAAAACCCAAACCACCUGUCGCUAUCAAGCCCCCAUUGCCAAAACGGCCUAUAAACCUCCUCCUCAAGUCUCCUUCCCCCUCUUCCACAUCCCCCCAAGCCCUCGACUCACCUCCUGGCUCACCUGUGGACCGGCCUGUGCCCCUAGGCAACAUCUACAAAGUCAUGAGAAAACCCAAACCCAAAAAACCUCCACCACAGGCAUCAAGUCCCUCUGCUCUCCCAGAUUCUACCACCAUUCCUCAAACUGCCUACGAUCAUCCAUUCCUCCCACACUCCCACUCCCUCUUUGAUCUCCCUCCCCUUCCGGACCCCCAGCCGCUUCUGGAAGACCCAGCGAUGGAGCCUGAAUUUGAAGCCGAACCAGAGAUCUGUCUUGGUUCUGGGGACGGAGGCUCUCUCCCCUCUCCCUGCAGUAACCAGGAGGCCCCGGAGCUCCAGGACAAGAGCAAGACUCUCCCCUCAAGGAUGACAAUCUCCUCUCUGACAGAGCUGUCGGACAAAAAGAAACCCAAGGUUCCCCCUCCAGUCCCCAAGAAGCCAAAUGUCCUCCUCCUUCCCUCAUCAGUCCACUCCUCCAGUAAUGGCAGCACAGACCGUCAGACCCCACAGGCCGACAGCCCCGUGGGCCUUCGCUCUCCAGUUGGAGCAUUCCCACCAGAAGAGCUUCCCGGUUAUCCAAUCGUUCCCGACAUGCUGGAGCAAGAUGAGAACCACUUGGGGACAGACGAGGAGAGUUCAAAAGAGUCGUCACUUCAGUCAUCUCUGCAGGAUUCCUCCCUCACAGAGCUGGGAGAGAAAAUGGCCAGCUCUGGGAUCGGGGCAGAUGACUCUGCGGCCAAUGAGAAGACGGUACUCCACAUCGCAGAGGAAACAGAUGACGACCUGUUGGCCAGCACACCCUCAACACACACCACCGAAGACCUGUUCACUAUAAUUCACAGGUCCAAGCGGAAGGUUCUAGGUCGUAAAGAACCAACGGACUCCUUCGGCAGCCGCCAGAGCCUGGUGUCCCCGGUAAAGCACAGCACCAGCGGCAGCGAUCUCCGAAAUCUGACGUUGGGCAGCAGUCAGAGGUCGAGCUCCCGCAACGAGAACUUCAUGGCCCUGCUCCAGAAGAAAGGCAGCAAGUCUUCCAGCGGAGGAGCCAGAGUCUCCGCUAUGGAGCUUCUCAAAAGCACAAACCCUCUGGCACGACGGGUCACAGAGUUUUCAACCUCGCCAGCGACCGGCGAGGGCGGAGACGCAACAUCCGGGAAUGGCAAACCCAACGACCAAUGAACGGAAGUAUUCCUAACGGAUGUUAACCAGGUCCGUUUGCUGUUGACAAAGCUACCAACCAAUUCUACAAUGUGCCGCCCAAUGCAGAUGGGGCCUUCUGACUAACAUGUCCAACCGGAUCGCUCCAACUACUGAUUGACCAUUUGCACCGUCCAAUCAAAUUGGAGCACAUUUUUUGGACAAAAUGGUCCCUCCCAUGGUUGAAGCGCUAUUGUUCCCCGUCAAACCGGUCCCUCUAGGAAAGUGAGAAAUCUACGGAGAGCAAAGUUUGUUCUCACUCUAUUUGCAAUGAAAGGCGGACUGCACCAUGUCUUCUUCUUCAUUGGGGAUAUGCUCCGUGUUGAGGCUUGAUGCAUGGACGGAUGGGUGGAGUCGACGCUAGGAAUAUAAGGAUAUACAAGUGGAUAUCUUUGCUCCUGGCUCCUUCUGGAUGAAGACACAAACAAUCCCUGACAAUGGUCAAUGAAUACGAAUCUGUAACCAGUCAUACCGAUCCACAAGGAUACCACAGAGGAAUCAAAUGAAUCCAAGAAAUAAACAGAGUAGAAAACAGAAGAUGUGAGACUUCCAAAUGAUUCGGUUCAACCCAAACCCUCCAACCAGUAGCGCUACAGCACCAACACCUGUAGACCUACAUGGAUUGAAGGGUGAAUUAUUAAAGGUGUUGUGAAGCACCCAGAGAAAGCAAAACAUGCCCAGAAACUUGGGCAUCUUCUCCUUCUUCUCCAUGGUUAAAUGCAAAACCAUAGCAGGCAUCAGCUUUUUCAGAACAUUCUGAUUUGAGCGGAUGAAGCGGGAUUUACAACCACAUGGGGGCUUUUUGCCACCAAAGAUGAGGCAUGAGCAUGUCACAGAUUUUGUUGCUCAUGCUACGAACAUGAACCUUCACAAAACAUUCCACAGAAGCACCCAGCAAACCCAGAGCGACAUUUUGGAAAUGUAAGCACUUUUUCGUUUUCCUUGGAGGUCGUUUUAAAGGCGCAGCCUUUGCGCCGCUGCUUUUUUUUCCCCUGAAGACUCAUCAAUCAUUAUUUUUUUGUUUAGAUUUUAUGUCUUAUAUUUUUUCCUACAUAUGCUAGAUGGCCAUAUACUGUACAUGUUUCAUCGGACUGUACUGUAUGUAUCAUGUACAAAGAUAAAUGUAACGCAUCUAUCAACGGAUAUCAUUUGCGGACUAAAAAUAGUGUACAGAGCAGCGAGCAGCUUGGACUACAAACUGCCCACACGAUGGAGGGAAAACACACACACGAACUAAUGAGUAACGCCAUGGAAGACAAACAGACCAGAACAGUGUGUGUGUGUGCGCUGAUGAAAUCUUGCCUGUGGAGUUUCUGUACGGAGAGUAUGAAGCAGGCCUGGUUAUUAAACAGGGUUUUUAUUCAUUUUGGUCUCUGGUGACGGGACCAAAAGGACUGUUAAAAACUACAAACAGACCAGAGGGGACCUAGCGGUGUGUAUGUGUGUGUGUACAUGUGUGUGUGUGUGUGUUCAUGUGCGUGUAUAGAGGGAAGUGCGGAGAACAAAACGGAGAAGAAAGAAAGAGAGAGAGUGCACGUACAUGCCUGUUUAUGUGUUGUGUCCUCACUACGCGUGCAUAUUUGUGUGUGAAUGUGUGUGCGUGUGUGUGUGUGUGUGCAUCGUCACCCUGCACUCCCACCCCACCCCAAUAAUCUUUUCUUGGGUUAGGAUUAGCUCCCCCC